CAAAGAGAAGACAAAGAUUGAGCUAACUCAAACAAUUCAACAACAAUGGCUAUGGCUUUCAAGAUGGCUACGACUGGGAUGUGGGUCACUGAUGAGUGUAAGACCUUAUUCAUGGAGAUGAAAUGGAAGAAAGUGCAUAGAUAUAUAGUGUUCAAGAUUGAUGAGAAAUCAAGGCUGGUGACCGUCGAUAAGGUCGGCGGCCCAGGCGAAAGCUACGAUGAUCUUGCUGCUUCAUUGCCUACCGAUGAUUGCCGAUAUGCUGUGUUUGAUUUUGAUUUCGUCACCGUUGAUAAUUGCCGGAAAAGCAAGAUCUUCUUCAUUGCAUGGUCCCCAACGGCAUCAAGAAUCAGAGCAAAAAUGCUGUACGCAACAUCCAAAGAUGGGCUGAGGAGAGUGCUAGAUGGCAUCCACUAUGAAGUUCAAGCAACGGACCCAACUGAGAUGGGGAUGGAUGUGAUUAAGGACAAAGCCAAUUAGUAGUGAUUAGGAAUAUAAAUCAUGUUUAUGAGCAUCUUACUUUUAUUUAAUAACUCCAACAAUAUGUGCUUUCUUUCUUUGUUGUUGUUGUUACUUUUUUGCUAGAUUUUUAGCACUAAUGUAAGUUAAUCUUAUAAUAUGUAAUAAUAUUUUGAUGUCCCAUGUGCGCUACUUUGAGGACAAAACAUCCAUCAAUUCCACUUUUUUAAU